CUUCGCCAUUUUGUACUGCUGCGCCGGGUAUUUAUCUGAAGAGUCGUGACUAUCCCGUUUACACUGCUAGUUAGGUGUUGAGACGGUUCUUGCUAUACUCGGUUUCUCAUUUCAAGCCUGUGGCCUUCGUUAGGUUUCGCGAAGUGCGAUUUUAAGAGUCGACAUUCCUAAUUAAUUUUGUAUAUUUAGAUUAUUUUUAUAUUGUGUGAGAAAGAAUGUCGGCCGAAGCUCCCGAAUACUCUCCGUUCUUCGCAGUGAUGGGUGCCUCUGCGGCUAUGGUGUUUAGCGCCUUGGGAGCAGCCUAUGGCACAGCCAAGAGCGGUACAGGGAUAGCCGCCAUGUCUGUGAUGAGGCCGGAGCUCAUCAUGAAGUCCAUCAUCCCAGUGGUCAUGGCGGGUAUCAUAGCCAUCUACGGACUGGUAGUAGCAGUGCUGAUUGCAAACAACAUCUCAGAGAAGGUCACCCUCUACAAGAGUUUCCUCCAUCUGGGUGCUGGGCUGAGCGUGGGCCUCAGUGGGCUGGCAGCAGGCUUCGCAAUUGGCAUUGUGGGCGACGCAGGCGUGAGGGGCACAGCUCAACAGCCGAGGCUUUUUGUGGGCAUGAUCCUCAUCUUGAUUUUCGCUGAGGUCUUGGGUCUCUACGGGCUUAUUGUUGCCCUCAUUCUCUCCACGAAAUAAACACCCAAAUAUCUCCACUUCAAGAUCUGUCCUUUUAUGUUGCUGCUGGAGAAAAAAAAUGUCUGCCACUCAAGAUGAAAGAAGUGAAGGCGGGGGAAAAAAUGAAUUAAAAAUGGCUCCAUAAAUAUGGUCUUAUCUCAACAAUGUGUACAGUUGUUCCAAUUUGAUAGUCAACUUGUAAAUGCGCAAUGUAGUGAUUUGUCUGUCUUGUGUGCGUGUGUGUGUGUGUUUCAAAAUUGUAUGAUGAAGAUUCCUUUUUUUUCCCUCCACUUAUUUCAGGCCUUGAGGCCAGCUGAGGCAGCUUGGCCUCCGGUCUUAGAGAGCUGACCAAAGGGCCGCACAGCUUUUUCUCCUCCCAUAUCGACUUGGAAGUUGACACAAUUUCUGCAUUAAUCUUGAGAAUCUAUUUGUAAAGAGAUAUGUAUAUGGACUUACGAUUUUUUUCCACUGAUUUUAUUUAUGAGAAAUUGUUCAUUGAACUGUUUAAUGCAGCAAAAGUCUUUAAUUCCCCAGGUUAUAUUAUACAUAUAUACAGACAUAUAUAUAUAUCUACAUAGAUUGAUUAAAUGCACUGUGGGUUAAUUGUGAUAAGUGGUUGGAAUUCCUCUGGAUGUAAUUCUUGGUUUAAAAGUAAGAUUGCCUUUAGUAUGUUGCUGGUGAAGUGGGAGUUUUGUGUGUAGCUGUAUUCUAAUCAUUACGCAAACAUUCUCAAACUUCAGUGUUUUUCCUGUAGUGCUGUUGUUUGCAUUAAAGGUGUGUGCGCCCCGUAUUGGGUCUCACAAGUGUAAUUUCCAAA